AGGGGAGGGAAUCACCGAUGCUCCUAUUCUAAAAUGAGUAGCUGCUGCGUAUGAGAGGCCGGCAACAAAAGCGAGGCAGGCGCGUUGUUUUUCUUCGUUUCAUUCUAGAGGAGAAGAGGACAGAAGGGCGUUCUGAGCGGGCUGCAUCAGUGUGUCUCUUGCGCAUGAUCAGCCGUCUACACAUCCCUUCUGGCCGGAGUGAACCCACAUCUCAGCAUCUCCGCCAGCAGAGAGAAAGAAAUAAAAACGCUCGCUCUCCUCCGCUAAUUGAGGCACUGAUAAGCCACUUCUAAUUUCCUCCUGGUGUGGUGCAGAUCUGGUUCUGAUCCUGUUUGGUCCAGUUCUGAUCAGAGUGUGAGAAUGGGGCUUUUGCUGUUUCUGUUGAGCCUCAGCUCCUUAGCUCUGAGCUACGCUGUCGGCGGGGACGUGUGCAUAACGGGUCAUGACAGUGGACCAGUGUUUGAAGAGCAGCCUAGCAGUGUGGUCUACCCAGAGGGACUCAGUGAGGGCAAAGUCACUCUCAACUGCCAGGCUAGAGCCAGUCCUGCUGCUACGUACAGCUGGCGUGUCAAUGGUACAGACGUCCCUGUAGGUGACCCCCGGUACACACUGGUAGCCGGUAACCUGGUGAUCAGCAGUCCCCAGUUCGGCCAUGAUGGAGGCUCCUACCAGUGUCUGGCCAUCAACCGCUGUGGCACCAUACUCAGCCGGGCCGCCAACCUCAAAUUCGGUUACCUCCAUGACUUCCCUGGGGAAGGGAGGAGCCCACAGACGGCUUACGAGGGAGCAGGUGCCUUCCUAGCCUGCCAGCCCCCCGCCCACUACCCAGCUCUUUCCUACCGCUGGUUCGUUAGCGAGUUUCCUAGCUUCAUGAAGCCUGACGGGGGUCGGUGGUUCGUUUCCCAGGUAACGGGCAACUUGUACCUGGCCAAGGCGGAGCCUAACGAUACAGCAAGUUACUUCUGCUUCACCACCAUCAACAUGGACAUUAGCACCAAGAGUACCUUCAGCAAGGCUAACCAGCUCACCGUGCAGCCAGAUGCCAACGCCAGGAAGUCAGCUCCUGCUAUCACAGUGGGUUUCCCAGCAGAGACGUACGCCCUGACAGGACACACCACCCAGCUGGAAUGCUUCGCCUACGGAAAUCCUGUCCCAAAACUUCGUUGGAGGAAGGUGGAUGGUCUGUUGCCGUCUAAGGCCGGGGCUAGUGCAGAGGGACCCAUCCUCACACUGCCUGAUAUGACUUUCCAUGAAGAGGGGGUGUAUGAGUGUGAGGCCUACAACUCUGAGGGCCGCGACACACAACAAGGACGCAUCACCGUGCAAGCACAGCCAGAGUGGCUGCAAGUUAUGAGUGACUCUGAGGUGGAGAUCAGCUCUGAGCUGCACUGGACUUGUGUUGCAGCAGGCAAACCAAGACCCUCCAUACGCUGGCUACGCAAUGGACAGCCCCUCAGCACACAGGACCGGGUGGAGGUCAAUGGGGGUCGUCUGAAGGUCAUCAACCUGGCCCUGGAGGAUUCUGGGAUGUAUCAGUGUGUGGCUGAGAACAAACACGGCACCAUUUACUCCAACGCUGAGCUGAGGGUGCAAGUCCAAGUUCCAGACUUCCGCUCCAACCCGGUGAGGAGGCUUGUCCCAGCAGCCCGAGGGGGGCAGGUGAUGAUGGAGUGUCGGCCACGAGCCGCCCCCAAACCCACCCUGUUCUGGAGCCGCGGUACUGAGCUCCUUACCAACAGCAGCAGGGUGACAGUGACUCCAGACGGGAUGCUGCGGAUCCACAACAUCAGCAGGGCCGAUGAGGGGAAGUAUACCUGCUUUGCUGAGAACUACCUGGGCAAGGCCAACAGCACUGGACACCUCUCUGUUAGAGAUGCUACUAAGAUCACCUUGGCUCCCUCUAACGCUGACAUCAACCAGGGGGAGAACGUCACGCUGCAGUGUCACGCUUCACAUGACCCCACCAUGGACCUCACCUUCACCUGGGCUCUCAACGGAGCUCUGCUGGACCUGGAGGACCCCGGCGGACCGUACCAUCGCGUAGAGGGGAAGGAGACCGUAGGUGACCUGUUGAUAGUGAGUGGUCAUCUGAGUCAGGCAGGAACAUACAGCUGUACAGCUCAGACUGUGGUGGACAGCGCCUCAGCCUCCGCUAAACUGGUGGUCAGAGGUCCCCCGGGACCUCCAGGUGGUUUGGUGGUGAAGAACGUUGCCUCGACGUCGGUGGAGUUGCGUUGGAGUCGUGGCUAUGACAACCACAGCCCCAUCGGAAAGUAUGUUAUCAUGGGUCACUCUCCACUGUCUCCUGGUUGGAAGAGGAUGAGGACAGACCCAUCUAACAUUGAAGGCAAUGCUGAGUCGAUUCGUGUGGUUGGCCUGUUGCCAUGGAUGGACUAUGAGUUCCAGGUCAUUGCCAGUAACAUCCUGGGUAGUGGAGAGCCUAGUAUGUCCUCUCACACUAUACGCACCCAGCAAGCAGCUCCCACAGUGGCCCCUAGUGGACUAGGUGGAGGAGGAGGAGACCGCAACGAACUCAUCAUCACCUGGACGCCCAUGGCCAGAGAGUACCAGAACGGAGAUGGCUUCGGCUACAUCCUGGCAUUCCGGAAGCAGAACUCUCCAACGUGGGUGGUGGAGCGUGUUUCCAACGUGGAGUCGUCUCGCUACGUUUAUUCCAACCAGAGCCUGUCUCCCUACUGCCUCUUUGAGGUGAAGAUCAAAGCCUACAACCGUAAAGGAGAGGGUCCCUUCAGCCAGAUCGCUGUGGUGCACUCUGCAGAAGAGGAGCCCACGGUGGCGCCCUUGAGGAUCAAUGCCACGGCUCUGACAGCAUUCGAGAUGCAGGUGUCGUGGGACCCCAUCCAACAUCUCAGCACCAACGGUAUCCUCCAAGGAUAUGAGAUCCGGUACUGGCGUCAGCAUGAGCGGGAGGCAUCUGCAGACCGUGUGCGUACAGCUGGGCUUGAGACCACGGCUCGUGUGGUGGGAUUGAGACCCAGCACCCGGUACCAUGUUACCGUAAUGGCCUACAACAGCGCUGGCACAGGACCAGCCUCACCCAGAACCACUGUCACUACCAGGAGACCACCUCCUAAUCGUCCCCCUGGCAACGUGUCCUGGAAGACUGAUGGCUCAUGGGUAACUGUUAGGUGGGAUCAUGUCAAGACCCUAGACAAUGAAUCAGCCGUACUGGGUUACAAGGUCCUGUACAAGCACGAGGGCCAGUCUGCUCUGAAGGUUCUGGACAAGGGGAAGACGUCUGUGACCCUGCCACUACCUAAAGACAAUGGCUACGUGGUCCUGGAGAUACGCUCUUGGGGGGAGGGGGGCGACGGAGCCGCACAAGAGACCAUCGUCUCUCGAGACUCAGGAACUGGAAUGAUGGUGCAGAACCAGGCGGGAUCCCCAUGGUCCAAUCAUGCUCCUCUCCUGCUCACCGCCACACUCUCCAUCACUCUCAUUGGCUUACUGGACCUGUGAUCUACAACAAUCCCUGGACAUUAUGUUUCAUGAUCUAAGCCGAUUGGUCAAAUUCACCUAUCUGGAGUUUUGUUGGGGUGGGGUUAAGGGAUGAAUUUGAAUAGGUGGGGAGGGAUGUGUGGGGUAAUAUUUUGAAGCAAGGGGGAUGGUGGGAGUUGUCAAAAUGACUAAUGGUUACUUUAUUCUUUUUAUAAGAAAAUCAAAGAGGGUAAUUUUUUUAUGUGUGUGUCUAUGGGGUUUCAAGUGGGUCAGACUACCUGAUUGUCAGUUACAUUGGUGUCGUUAGAACCAUGCCUUAUGGGGAUAAGAGAGGCCUUUGUGCUUCACAGCAAUAGGUCACUCUCUCCAUGUCUCCUGGCUUUCCCUACUCUGCUAUAAACCCAAGGCUCACUGGCGUAUGUCACCCAAAUCAGCCUGUGUAUGUAGAGCAUCAUGUGUACAUACCAUUGAGAAUGAAAGAGGACUCUAGUGCCCAAAAGCACGUUCUAGCAAGGGCUGCGCAAUUGAGGACUUUCACCAUUUUGAAGUUGUCAAAUGGGUGGGACAUCCUAUGGGUUAAGGAAGGAUCACAUAAUUCCAUCCAGGUCCUCAGGAGGGAUCAGCCAAUGAAUUAUACUUGUGAUCAAACAUUCCGUAACUGCAGGUGGCAGUAAAUCGCCAACCUUCACUUUAUACCUGUUUAAGCAACACACUACCAUGUGGCAGUAUGCACCCUUUCAUUUUUUUUUUACCAACUCAUAGAAGUAGUAGUAGAAGAAAAUGUACUACCUCAAAAUGGAGAUGGUCUCAAUGGCGCUGCCCGUGCGCUCACAGACCCCAUAAUGGGACAGGUAAAAUGAUGAGUCCUCUGUAAUUAUCUAUGGUACACACAUACGGAACAGUAGACAACAUCUCUGGUUCUCUCAGACACUGACCAACUCAAACGUUUGUAUCUAGAAUAAGAUGAAGGGGGAUAAAACAGUGAUGUCAUAAAUGUCAUGAUUUUUGAGAAAGUCUACUUCAAAUGGAACUCACUGUAAAUAGAACGCUACCUUAGCCUACUGGUCUUUCUUAUGACACAGUCUCUGUUUAAAAUGGUCCCUUUUCUCUUUGGAUUGUCUACCUGUGUAUUUGUUUGGUUGCUUUAUUAUUUGUUUGCGAUGGCAGCAUCCGGAUGAAUAACUUUAAUGGUCCAAAUGAAUGUUUACCUUUUUUAUUGUUUAUGUUUAGAUGAGAGAACUCAACUUGAUAAAGAGCUUCAUCAGUUCUUUCAACAGCAAAAAUACGAUGAAAGUGUGAUCACCAAAGUACAGAGUUAUCGUUAGUAUUAUUAUUAAUGCCACCAUUAUUCUGUCACCCUUUAUCCAUGAACUUUUAUGUAACAUGUCCUGUUGUUCAUUAACUGUUAAUCAUGCAACACACCUGCCAUAAAUACUGUCUGUCUGAGAAGGGUUCACGGCAAGGAUACGACAUCUAAGGAACAUACUGCAUAUGCUAGUUAAUCAUGAAGCCCCUGUGAUAUUGAUUUGGGUGUAAAGCAAAGAUAAUUCCCGCAAGCUGUUUAGAUGUUCCCGAUGUUUCCAGAGUUACAAAAGCAACAUGUCAACAUGUCACGCCCUGACCUUAGAGAUCCUUAUUUAAUCUCUAUGUUUGGUUAGGUCAGGGUGUGACUCGGGUGGGAAAAUCUAUGUUUUCUAUUUCUUUGUUAUUUUUGCCACGUGUGGUUCCCAAUCAGAGACAGCUGUUUAUCGUUGUCUCUGAUUGGGGAUCAUAUACUGUAUAAGUUGGUAUUUUCCAUUUGGGUUUUGUGGGGUGUUAUUUUCUGUUUAGUUUCUGUGCCUGACGGAACUGUUCGCUUUCGAAUUUGUUAUUUUUGUUUGAGUGUCUCUUCAAAAAUAAACAUCAUGAACACUU